AGUUAGCAAGCGGCUAACAGGAAGCUGAAUAAUGAGGGCACGUUGAGGCGCAGGAAUUGGCAAAGUGUAUCGAGUCCAAACAUUGCUCUUUACAAUCGUUACUACUGCUCCUAAUACAGGAGAAACCAGCAGUCAGCUGCCUACGUGUGACGACCGAGACAGCUAUGUCUUCAGUGGUGGAUCUCAAGACCAAAGAGGAGAAGGACGCAGAGUUGGACCGAAGAAUCGAAGCUCUGCGGAAGAAGAAUGAAGCUCUGGUCAAGAGGUACCAGGAAAUAGAGGAAGACAAGAAGAAGGCAGAGCAGGAGGGCAUCGCCGUGACGACACCCCGGAAGCCCCGCCCCCAUGAGCCGGAGAUGGACAAAAGGAAGACUGAGAAAGAGAACUUCACUGUCACAGUUGACCUUUCUAAGCAGACGGGGGACAAAAGAGUUGUCAACGACUGGAAACCUGCAACGCCCCGUGGUCGGAAGACCUCAGAGGAGAGUGACGGCCACCGCGGCGUGGCCAAUGACAGCGUGGCCAGCGAUGGCGGACACCGCGGCGGACCGAUAGAUAGUAGCAGGUGGUCGAACGACAGUGGCCACCGAGGAGGACCAAGUGACAGCCACAGCCCCCAGAGGAGGGCGGGGUCGGGCCGAAUGGGUCGGGGAGGUCAGAGAGGAGGAGGUCGCCAGGAACGAAGAGAAUGGGAACCUCGGGCACCUAAAGACGGAGAACCUGGGGAGUCAGGCGGACCAGGGCGCAGAGGAGGGAGGAGAGGAAGAGUCAGAGGAGGAGGAGGCGGUGGCGGCGGAGGCGGCGGCGGCGGUGGUGGAGAAGCGGCGGCGGCAGCAGCACAAGAAGGAGAAGGAGGAGUGGGGACUCCAGGUGGUACACCAGGUGGGGCUGACCGGAAAUCCAAGGAAUGGGAGGAGAAGAGGCGACAGAACAUUGAGAAGAUGAAUGAGGAGAUGGAGCAAAUAGCCGAGUAUGAGAGAGGACAGCGGCCGGAUGGAGACAAGCCGCUCCGUAACUUCCUGGAUGACCCGAGACGUUCAGGCCCGGCACCUGACAUAGACCGUAAAGAGGGAAGCAGGAGACAUGUACGGAACUGGGGAGGCCUGGACUUUGACAACGUGAAGACGAGAGCUGAACUGGAGAAGGAAUGGACUAGUCGAAGGCCUGGACCAAAAGGCUCCACGGACAUGACAAUGUCCAUGACCGGCAGGGAGAGAGCCGAAUAUCUGCGCUGGAAGAAGGAGCGCGAGCAGAUUGAUGAGGACAGACUAGCACGCCAUCGUAACGCCACAGGCCAGUGGAGACGGGAGUGGGACGCACAGAAGACUGAGAACAUGUUUAAGGAGGACCAAUAUGUUGCCCUAGACGGCGCCACACCCGAGCAACCCAGCAGGAGAGAUGACAGCAAGCGGCCUCCCAAAACUCCAACAUUUGGUGACUUCCUGUCCCAAGGCAGGAGCCCCGGCCAGCGAGGCGACCAGGGAGGAGUGAGGGGCCGAGGACAGAGGUCAAGCUACAGCAUGCAUGACAACCGCUGGGAAGGAGACAAGGAGGAGGAAGAGGGGAAGGAGCAGAAAAAGGACGACGAUGAUAGAGGGAAGAGAGAGAAGACUAAAAAGACGAAAAAGGAAGAAAAAGCCAAACCUUCAACCGUACAGAAGGUAGAGGGCCUCCAUCUGUAUUAAUAUUGCAGUCCCACAUGCAGGGAGGGAUUGAUUGAUAUUUGUUUCCUUAAGAACACCGUAGAAAUC